AUGCACUGGUUGCCGUUUGGGUGCUGUGGGCUUGCUUUGAUCAGUCUAUCAGUGGCCCUGAAUCAAACCCCAGGGGUCCACCAGUGGCCUCGCUUCUAUGGGGUUAAAACCAACCAUCGUAUGAGAAUUAACUGCAUGUAUCCGGACCCAUAUCUGCAAGCCAAGGUAGAAUGGUACAAGGCCUCUGAGUAUGAUGUUGCAACUGCAAACAGAAGCCAAGUGUUUGAUGGAGCGAGGGUUACCAUAACAAAACAUACUAUGGGGGCCACUAUCUUUAUUGAACAAUUGACCACAGAAGACAGUGGGGUGUACUAUUGCAAGAAAAACAACACAUGGGGAGCAGGAACUGGACUGCAAGUCAACAGACCUAUUAACAUUGCCAACGCAGUCUACAGGAGCAAGAUGAAAGAUGGCCUUAUCUUAUUCCAGGGUUUACUGUUGGCUAUAUGUAUUGCUGCUCCAUUGUUACAUAACUAUAAACUGCGUAAAAAAGAGGAAGCGGUUUAUGAGGAGGCUCAGACUGAUCACAUCUAUGAGGGUUUGGAGAUCGAAACCUGUGGAGGAGGAGAUCUGUAUGAAGAUGUCUCUGUGUAUACUCAGCCUGGAGGAGCCGAGGCCCCUUGGGAGACAAAUUGA